AUGAAGGGUGUGGUCCUCACCACAGUUGGCUCCUCCCUCCUCUGCCAAGCCGUCGCACGGGGCUCCAGCAUGCCCCACACCCUCCGCCCCCUGGCCCGCGCCUUCGCCUUUGGCAACAUGGGCGAGCUCAUCUUUGGCGUGGGCCUGCUGUACUACUUCCGCCUGCUGGAGCGGCUGGCAGGCACUGGCAAGUUCGGGGGGUUCGCAUUCACCACGGGGGCCCUGUCCUAUGGCCUGCAACUGGGGCUGCAGGCAGCCUACCGGCUAAGGCGGGGCAUGCCCACAGGGCCCUAUGGGCUGAUCUUUGCAUCCUUUGUGCCUUUCAUCCUGGACGUACCCCCCACAUCGAGGUUCACUGUGUGCGGGCUGCAGAUGACGGACAAGGCUUUUGUGUACCUGGCUGGCAUCCAGCUCAUCUUGUCCUCUGGGGUUGGCUCAACAAUGGCUGCAGUUUGCGGGCUGAUGGCUGGCCUGACCUACAGGGCCAACCUGUUUGGCAUGAAACAAUUCAGGUUUCCAAGGUGGUUGAGUAGAUUCUUCAGUGCAACACUUGGUCGGCUGCUGGAUGCAAGGGGGAACACUGCCCCGCGAGUCCAGAUUUAUGUCCCAAGAAAUCAGCAACAGAUACCUCUGAACAGUGGCGGUCAUGUGCCAAGGCAAAUGCAGCAGCCACACCCCUCCCCCUCAGCCGUUGAGCCCUCCCAAGAGGCCAUAGCGCAGCUCAUGGGCAUGGGCUUCGACCAGGAGCGUGCCCUUUGGGCCUUGCAGGCAGCUAACAACGACGUGGAGGUGGCGAUCAACAUGCUUGUGGGCUAG